AUGAGAAGAAUUGUAACGUGCUGUAAAUACGCGUUAUUGGCGGCUCCCUUAGACGGGUUGGUGGGCCGCACCGCGUACCGCUCGGCGGCGUUUUCUGCUGCCUUUGCAAUUCGUCUGUGUGGCACACAACAGCCACCCUUAGCUAGAGGUAAUCUGGAGGACCUCCACAAGUCCGCGGCCGAAUUUUUUGAACGUGGGGACUUCAUUAAUGCGAUCAAGCAGUGGGAGGCUGUGAUGGAGUCCCUGGGAAAGGUUGAUGCUGGCAGCAGUAAUAGUAACAAUGUGUUAAUGAGCUGCUUGAAUAACAUGGCCUGUGCCUAUGGGGAGAUUGGACACCAUGCCAAAAAGCUUGAGCUGCUUGAACGUUCACACGACAUGGUGAAAGAGAUAUAUGGAACUGACCACCCACAGUACGGUUUGGUUCUCUACAACAUGGCUUCUGCGUACGAGGAGAUGGGCCGUUACACCGAGAUGGAGGACCUUCUUCUUAAAUCAGCCGCUAUUUAUGAGCGGAAGUUCAACCCAAAACAUGCGAAAGUGGGGCGUGUUCUAUUGCUUCUUGCGGAAGCACAUGGCCACCUGGGAAAAUGUGAGGCCCAGCUUCAAGUCGCUGAGAGGGCCUUCGAGAUUGUGCGUCGUCACUGUGGAGCAGAGCACAUACAGACCACCAUUGCCAUGUUAACGCUUUCCAGAGCACAUGGGGCAAAUGGUAAUCAUGCUAAGCGCUUACAACUUGCUCAGCAGGCGUAUGAAGUCCAAGAACGGAAGCUUGGGGCAAUGAACCCGCAGAUAGCUUUAACGCUUAUGGAAUUAGCAGUCGCCCAUGGGGCGAACGGAGAUCAUUUCCAUCAAAAACUACUUCUAGAGAAAGCCAUUGAGGUGCAAAAGCGUGCUUUUGGUAGCCAACAUACGCACCUUGUUUCAACCUACACGGCGCUGGGUGAUGCGUAUGGGGAAUUGGAUGACAGAAAGAACCAGGCUGCAUCUUACUGUGAAGCUCUUGAUAUCGCACGAAAACGCUACCGAGGGAGGCAUCUCGCUAUUGGUAACGCCGCUAACAAAUGUGCGUGGGGUUAUCUACGCAUUGGAAAAGUGGAAGAGGCCAAGACAUUGGCAGAAGAGGCGCGUAGUAUUAUUGAGGGGAUUGUCUCUGAGAAGCACCCUGCUGCAGUGGAGCUUCGUGCCACGCUUGAAGAGCUGAAAAAGAUGUCCAGUGAAAAGGGGGAAAAGCCAUAA